AUGAAAAAUGUGCUCGAGGCAAUCAUCACCCACCUCCUCGGGGACAGCUUCAUAACCCGCGAAACGAACAAGGCGCUGGCAGAGAUGGGCGUGGGCAACUCCGUGGAGGAAAGAAGAAUCAUCGCCCUCUCUACACUAAGCCUGACCCUCAUCCCGCACAAAGACGAACGAGGCGAAAAUGUACCCGUCUGGCAACUCGCUGGAAGACCCAUACACAAAAACCACAAGGAUCACCGCAUGUGGCUGAAAGCCAUUAGACGAACCACCUUCGAACUUAGCAAUAUGAGGUCACUGUUGUCAAUGGCAGAAGUAGUGGGGUGCGUAUGGUGCAAGGCCGAAACCCACAGCAGCGAAUACUGCCCCUUCCCAAAACUGAAAGACUGGAAGGGCCCAACGCUGGACGCCGGGGAGUUCAUGAGGCCCGAACCCCCCUACAAACCCGACACGAACAAACGGGAAGCGAAAGUCACAAAGUCAGAUAAGAAAGGGAAGGAGAACGGAAAGAAAUGA